AUGAAUACCUCCCUUCCUGCUGAAACAGCAGGAGGAAAAAGCGAAGUAGAGGGGGUUAUAGCCGUUGAUCCUCACUACCAGGACGGUGCCGGGUCUGGCGGAAAUAAGAAAACAGGUUUCUUUGAACGUUUUAGAAAAGAUAAGACUAAAGCGGUAAAAUCUGAGGAAGAUGUUGAGAAUGGGGAGGAAAAGUCUGCCGCAAAGAAAAACGAUGAAGCGGGGAUGAGUAAUUAUAUCAGGAUCAUGCGAUAUGGUACUGGAUUUGAUUGGACAUUGCAGACUAUUGGAUUCUUUAUGGCCAUAGCAACUGGUGUUGCAUACCCAAUGAUGACAAUAAUACUCGGUAAUCUUGUCACGGGGUUCACAGAAUUUUUCCAGCCAAAUAGUACUGUCAGCGCGGAAGAGUUUCGGCGAAGUGUUGAUAAGAUGUGUCUAUAUUUUGUUUAUCUUUUCCUCGGAAAGUUUCUCAGUGGAUAUAUUUCAAUAGCUUGCUUUCGUAUAACAGGAACCCGUAUUUCUGCAGCUCUUCGCCUUGAAUAUCUCACUUCUGUUUUUAGACAGGACCUUGCCUACUUUGAUGCUCUUGCAAUGUCAUAUGUUCCAGAUACAGAUGUCACUCUCGAUAUGGUAUCUGCACCACAAGAUGCUGCAUCUACGCCUACCGCCGCUGCCGGCACCCCUGGGGCUGUCGCAGUCUCAAUUACCACACUUUCUAACACCGUACAACAAGGUAUCUCCGAAAAGCUCGGUAUGUUUGUGCAGUACACCGCGAUGCUUUUCACCGGAUUUGCAAUUGCUUUCGCAAAGGAUUGGAGAUUGACACUUGUUACGACUUGUAUUCUGCCUGCCACUAUCUUGAUCUAUGGGGUUAGUAUACCAAUCGAGAUAAAACUUGAGAAGAGAGUUUUGGCUGCUCAAGCUAAAGCUGCCGAAUUGGCGGAGGAGGUAUUGGGGAGUGUAAGGACGGUCAAGAGUUUCAAUGGCGAGAAACGGUUGAUAGAAAGAUACCAGGUGUUGUUAGAAAAGGGUAGGGCGGAAGGGAUAAAGAAAGCGCCAAACAGUGGGGUACAAUACGCGGGAGCCUUUUUUGUGAUUUACUGCGGCUAUGCCCUUUGCUUUUGGUAUGGCAUAAGAUUAUUUCGGCAAGGUCAUAUCAAAGAUGCCGGGACAAUUAUUACUGUAUUCUUUGCUGUCCUUAUUGCGGUGAUGUGUUUUGGAAGCAUAGCACCUCAAGCAACAGCGAUAAUAAAAGCUGCUUCCGCCUCACACACCAUCUUUCAGGUCAUUGAUCGCAAGCCUACGAUCGACGCCACAUCUACUGAUGGCCUGAAACCAUCUUCAGUACCUUCUGGAGACCUCGUUCUCGGGAAUGUCAAGUUUUCAUAUCCUGGUUCUGGCCAACGGAAGGAUAUAAUUAUCCUUGGAUCUGCUGAAGAAGGCGGUGAUGUGGAAUCAGGAGGAUUAUCACUAGUUUUUCGUGAGGGGCAGACAACUGCUAUCGUUGGAAGUUCGGGUUCCGGUAAAUCUACCAUUGUCAGUUUGAUCGAGCGCUGGUACGAUCCUCAACAGGGCACUGUCAGUAUUGGCGGUGUAGACAUUAAAGAUUUAAACCUUCGAUGGUGGAGAAGCAAGAUUGGACUAGUCAUGCAGGAGCCAUUCUUAUUCAAUGAUUCGAUUUACAAGAACGUUGCGUACGGACUCAUGGGCACCGAAUGGGAAGAUGUGACCGAGGAGGAGAAGCGUCGUAUGGUCCGUGAAGCAUGCAUUGAAGCCAACGCAAGUAUAUUUGUGGACGAAUUACCAGAGACGUAUGAUACUAAAGUUGGAGAAUCGGGCGUCAAACUAUCGGGAGGUCAGAAACAGCGAAUCGCAAUUGCACGGAGCAUCAUUUCAAAACCUUCAAUUCUCAUUUUAGACGAAGCUACUAGCGCUAUCGAUCCUAGAAAUGAACGAAUUGUUCAGGAUGCUUUAGACAGAGUCUCUAAAGGGCGCACAACAAUCACUAUCGCACAUCGUCUCUCUACCAUCAAGAAAGCGGAUCAGAUAGUUGUUCUUGGACGUGGAAAUGUACUAGAAACUGGGACUCAUGAGGAGCUGUUAUCUCGGCCGAACGGUGCAUAUGCAGGACUUGUUAAUGGGCAGACUUUAUCAAUGGGAGAUAGAGAAGGAGCAUUAUCGGAUGAUGAAGAGGAUGUGGUGAAGCUCGAGGAAGAAGAUGCAACGAAUGUUAACGAAAGGCUCCGAAGAACGACGACAUGGCGAUCAAAAGUAAGCAUCGGAAAAGGCAAAGAUUCUUCUCAUCAUAGUGAUGUCGAAGCCGCACACCCGACGAAAACCAAAGAACUUGGGGCUGUAAAUUGCAUCUCACUUUUACUCUGGGAACAACGUUAUCUGUGGCCAUUUUACCUGCUAGGAUUAAUCGGCGCUGCUGGUGGAGGGGCCUCUUUUCCAGCCCAGUCGAUUCUACUUGGAAAAUUCCUGGAGACCUUCCAGUCAAUUGACAAUCCCAGUGAGUUUGAAGAGCGUGCAAACUUUUGGGCAUUGAUGUUCUUUGUUCUGGCAAUGGGUGUUGGAGUAUUUUAUUUCAUGAUGGGCGCGAUGUUUACCUCGAUCCAAUACAACCUUACAACCCAUUACCGUCUGGAAUAUUUCCAAAAUGUGCUCCGCCAGGGUAUUCCGUUCUUCGAUUCAGAAGGGAACUCUGCUGGGUCCUUAACAUCAAAACUAAACAGCGACCCUACAGCACUGCAAAAUCUGCUCGGGACAAAUUCCGGGAUGAUAACUAUCGCUUUUGUGAACAUCUUAUCAUGUUCCAUCCUCUCGCUCGUCAUCGGUUGGAAGUUGGGACUAGUCUCCAUUUGCAGUGCGCUGCCAUUUAUCUUUCUUGGUGGUCUCAUCCGAGUCCGCAUCGAAGGUAAACUGGCGGCUAGUAUGACUGCAGUCUUUGCAGACAGUGCACAGUUUGCUAGUGAAGCGGUUGGUGCAUAUCGAACUGUUUCAUCGCUCAUCAUGGAACAAUCGGUUAGUGAACGAUAUCGGACGCUACUCGCCGCCCAUGCAAAGAGUACUAUCCACACAACAUUAUACGCCGCAGUUCUCUUUUCUGCUUCAGAGUCGAUAAACCUGCUUGGGUCGGCGUUAUGUUUCUGGUACGGCGGUAGAUUAAUGUCGACCAGGGAGUACAAUCCCUUUCAAUUUUUUGUUGUUUAUCAGGCAAUUAUCCAAAGUGGAGAAACUGCGGGCCAGUUCCUCGGAUAUUCACCAGACAUUGCACAAGCUGUCCAAGCAGUAAACCGGAUCGUUGGUAUCCGCGAGAAGAAAAAACCACCACCUGGCGAGAUUAUGGACCACGAGGGAAAAGGUGGUUAUGAAGUUGAAUUCCGAAACGUCGACUUCAAAUACUCCACGCGUGACGCAAAUGUGUUCCGAAAUUUGAACCUCAAGAUCGAGAAGGGGCAGUUCGCUGCCUUUGUCGGUGCAUCCGGGUGUGGAAAGACAACAACAAUCAGUCUUUUGGAGCGCUUCUAUAGUGUCACCGGUGGUGAAAUCCUAGUUGAUGGAAGAAAUAUAGACUCCUUGGACAUUGAGAGCUACCGCAAUGCUGUCUCCUUAGUGGCCCAGGAGCCAACGCUUUACCAAGGGACCAUCGCCGAAAAUGUCCGUCUCGGGUCCAAUGACGAGAAUAUAUCCCAUGAAGCUGUCAUCCAAGCCUGUAAAGAAGCUCAUAUCCACGACUUUAUCUCCUCUCUACCCGAUGGUUAUGAAACCCUGUGUGGUGCUCGAGGUGUCGGGUUGUCUGGGGGACAGAAGCAAAGGGUUGCAAUUGCAAGAGCAUUGAUUAGAAAGCCGAAGAUUCUGCUACUAGAUGAAGCCACAGCAAGUCUCGAUACUGAGUCUGAAAAAAUUGUACAGAAGGCCUUUGAGGGUGCAGCACAAGGAAGGACCAUGAUUGCUGUUGCGCACAGGCUUUCCACGAUACAAAAAGCAGAUGUCAUCUUCGUAUUUGAUGACGGGAAGGUAGUGGAGCAAGGCUCACAUGCUGCUCUUGUUAAAAUGAAAGGAACCUACUAUCAGAUGUGUCAAGCGCAAGCGUUGGACCAGUAA